CCACCCGCCUCCGGGUCGGUCCGUCUCGGCACAUCCGCACCCGUGCUGCGCGGCCCGUCGCGACUGGCCUCGUCAGUCGGAGUGUAGAGAUCAGGAAGGAGGGAUAGGCCCAGCUACCGGAGAUACGCAGCGAGAGUAUGAUGCUGCGUGUUCGGCAUCUGACGCUGUUUUUGGCAGCGUCAAUACUGCUGCUUGUCUCAGCCGCAGUUUCCGAGGGUCCAAUCAUAUCGACGCAAAAUGGCGAUAUCCGAGGCGAAAUUCUCAAGUCGUUCCUGGGAAAUGAGUUCGCCUCGUUCAAAGGCAUUCCGUACGGCGCUCCCCCGCUCGGGUCCCUCCGAUUCCGUCCUCCGGAGCCUCACGGCGGCUGGCAGGGGGUGCGGAACGCCACAGAGCACGGAAGCAAGUGUCUCCAGUUCAACACCUUCUCCGGCGCGCUGGAGGGAGACGAGGACUGCCUGUUCCUGAACGUGUACACCGCCCGGCUGCCGACUGCCACUGAGAAGGUCCGGCUGCCUGUGCUCGUCUGGCUGCACGGAGGGGCGUUCAUCUUUGGUGACGGUGACGCCAGUCCGCUGUUCGGACCCGAGUAUUUCAUGGACCAGCAAGUGGUGCUGGUCACCAUUAACAACCGGCUGGGGCCGUUCGGGUUUCUGACGACAGGAGACGAGGCGGCGCCGGGGAACUAUGGUCUGCACGAUCAGCGUCUGGCGCUGCAGUGGGUGCGGGACAACAUCGCGGCGUUCGGCGGCGACCCGAACCAAGUCACACUGUUCGGUGAGUCGGCAGGAGGAGCCGGUGUCGGCCUGCACGUGCUCAGCCCGCUGUCCAAGGGACUCUUCGCCAGAGCCAUCAGCCAGUCCGGUGCCUCGUUCUGCAACUUCGCCGCCAGCGGAGAGCCGCAGGGCGACCUGGCCAUGCGACACGCUGAAUUGCUGCGAUGUCCAAGCGGGAGUUCGCAGGACGUCGUCACCUGUCUUCGUGAGAAGCCUGCGACUGAGGUGAUGAUUGCGGUGCAGAAGCUGGAGACUGAUUUGGUGGUCGGUCUGCCGAUUGUCUACAAAGCUCGCGUUGAUGUCGAGUCGGACACGCCGUUCCUCCCCGAGGAUCCACACUUGUUGCUGCGGGAGGGUCGCUUCAGUCGCGUGCCCUGGCUGCACGGCAUAACCCACGACGAGGGUGCCUUCAUGAUUGGCACCCACUCGGCCGAGUCGCCGCCCAAGUACUCCUCCAGGGACUGGAACGUCUGGGCUAAAGACAUCCUGGCCAUCAGCAAGGUGACGGAAGAUCCUCCCGCCAUGGCAGAGAAGAUUUACCGCUUCUACUUCGGUCAAAAUUCCGUUGGAGAAGGAAAUCUCGAGCGUCUGGUGGAAGUGUACACGGACCGCACCAUCGCAGCGUGCACUUCAAAGGAAGCCGACCUGGCCUCUGCCCACACUCCUGUCUACAGGUACGUCCUGAAUCACAUGGGCCCGGGACGACAGAGUUUCGCCAAGAUCCUCAGCGCGAUUCUGGGCACCGCGGACGGCAGUGUGAGGGACUACGGCGUCUCACACACGGACGACCUGCUGUACCUCUUCAAGAACGGGCUCGCUCCUCCCGUUGCGCUGGGCUCUGAGGAGCACAAGAUGAUCCAUUUCAUGGUCUCGCUGUGGACGAGCUUCGCCCGCCAGGGCUACCCGAGCACGGACGUCGUGUCGAUGCCGAGGUGGCCCGUCUACACGGCCGAGGAUCGCCAGCACAUGUGGCUGAACAAUCAGCCCAGCGUGGGGAGCGCCGCCUUCAGCGAGCGGAUCGCCUUCUGGAGAGGUCUGGAGAUCAACGAGAGCUGGCGAGCUCCGCAGGGCGGGUCGACACUGCAGAAAGAUGAGCUGUGAUUCGUGAACGGAUUGGGUGAAGUGAGAUUACGGUGAAGAGAGUGUUUUAUCAGCAGAAAACUAGCUGCCAACUUAGCUGGAUUUGAUUCAAGUGUGUCCUAGGUAUAAUAAAUUUUACGCAAAUUUUACCUCUUGCCACAACCAAACUCGAUAGUACCGUAAAUUUAUGAGCCUCCUGACAGGUAUGGUUGUGGUUGAUGGCAGGCCGUAGCCAGACUAAGUCAGUGAGGAGACC